AUGGUGUCACCAAACAGCAGUGAUACCAUGGAACCUAUUUUCCUCUUGAAGGGCUUCCCAGGACUUGAAUCGGUACAUGUCUGGCUCUCUAUCCCCUUCUGCCUUGCUUACUUAGUGGCUUUUGGAGGGAAUGUCACUAUCUUGGCAGUCAUCUGGACAGAGCCCUCUCUUCAACAGCCUAUGUAUUACUUUCUGUCUAUUCUGGCCUUGACUGACCUAGGCAUGUCACUGUCCACACUGCCUACCAUGCUUGGAGUUCUGUGGCAGAAUACACAAGAGAUACAAGCAAGUGCCUGCUAUGCCCAACUCUUCUUCAUUCACACAUUCACCUUCUUGGAAUCUUCAGUGCUGUUGGCCAUGGCCUUUGACCGGUUUGUUGCCAUCUGCUAUCCACUCCACUACUCCACCAUCCUCACCAAUGGUGUGAUUGUCAAAAUUGCCCUGUUUUGCUUGAUGAGGAGUAUGGGGGUUGUGUUACCCACACCCCUGCUUCUACAACGGUAUCGGUACUGUCAUGCCAAUACCCUCUCCCAUGCCUUCUGUCUCCACCAGGAUGUACUGAAGCUGUCUUGUUCAGAUGCUAGGGUCAACAGCAUCUAUGGAUUAUGCGUGGUCAUUGUCACCCUGGGUGUAGACUCAGUCUUCAUCCUCUUCUCCUAUUUGCUGAUACUUCGGGCUGUGCUGGGCAUUGCAUCCCAUGAAGAGCAGCUUAAGGCACUCAACACAUGUGUGUCCCAUGUCUGUGUGGUACUUAUUUUCUUCGUGCCUGUGAUUGGAGUUUCUAUGGUGCACCGUUUUGGAAGGCACUUGUCGCCCACCAUACACAUUGUUAUGGCUGAUGUGUACUUACUUCUUCCACCUGUACUGAAUCCAGUUGUCUACAGUGUCAGGACCAAGCAGAUCCGUGCAGGGAUCAUCCGCAAAUUCAGAACAAGGAAAUUAUUAUAG